GUACACUUAAUGUAUGCUACAAUGCAACUGACAUGGAACAGGUAAACGCUGAAUUUCCUGAACUGGAUGAAAUUCCUGAUCGAACAGUGUCAUUGACGGAAGCAGUUAGACAAGAAAGGGUUGCAGAGAGUGAAGAAAUAAAUUGUUGCCAGU